AUGCAUGUCGAAAUCUCAUGGCAGCGUCUCUUCCCCGCGCUUCUCGCCCUGAUGGUCUUCCUGUACCUGUGGGAUGGGCUGAGUGGAUUGACCUCGGGAACUCUCUUCCUCAUCGUCAUGCCGGAGUUCACAGCCAGGCUCAAGGGCAAGCUCGCAACCAUCGGCUUCUUCCUCCUCGUCAUCCUUAUCUCUGCUCCUAUCGGAGCUCUUGUCAUCGGCGCCAUGUACUUCGAGAGGGAAAUGAUGGAGGUUCCCGAGCAGUACAAGUCCACUGCGAAAUGGGUGAGAGCCUGUGACGGUUAUGUUGCUGGAGCUGUGCUGGUGUUCAGCUGGGGGUUGUGUAUGACUUGUCUGCUGGGCGUUGUGCUAGGAAAGUUGUUGGGGGCGACGUGUUGGGCUUUGUUAUGCUGUAUACUGUCUGACGAUCUCGUUGUCGAGGAGAAAUGUACUUGUCAGUGCCUGUGGGAUUGGCUUCGAGAUGUUUUCUUUGUCUUGAUCCUCGGGGCCCGACCCGAGUCAGUGCCGGACUACUAUUCCAUCAUCGGGGUGCGAAGAGGGGCUGAUGCAGGAGAGAUCAAGAAGCAGUUUCGCGAGCUCUCAAAGAUUUACCAUCCUGACAAGACGGCUGGAAACCCUGAGCUCCAGCAGAGAUUCGUGCAGAUCUCAGAAGCUGUGAGAAAAUUGACGGGCAAGGCUACAGACAGAGCGGCCUACUACAAGGAGCUCGAGACUGCUGAACUCACGGACAUGGUCACUCGCUCUGUCUACUACUGCCUCCUCUUCGGCCUCUGGUUUCUCAUGACGGUCUUGGCCUUCCUUGGAAACAGAAAGCAGCAGGCUGCAGGAGGAGAAGGGGUGCGAGAGAGUGUGGAGGAGGGGCAGGGGCAGGGGCAGGGGCGGGAGCAGGAGCAGGAAAAAGUAGGACAAAGAGCAGGAGCAGCAAGAGGAGCGACGGAGGAGGGCGCUGUUGCACAAGAGCCGAAGCCCAAGGUUCCAAGGUCGAAGGGCCAGAAAUACUGGUUGCUUCUAUCGCUCCUCGUCUAUCCACUAUGGCUCUGGGUGGAAGCAUAUUGGAAGGACUGA